GAAUUUUAUCAGAAAGUGAUUUUAGGUGCGAGGCGUGAAUGUAAAUUCAGACCCGAUGGUAUCAGCUCCAUGAUUUAUCAGUGUUUAUGGUGUUUGACAACAUGCCCUAAAUGGUGUUAUCUAUACCGGCAUUGCUUUUAUUUUUACUGAUAGACCGUCCAUUUUGGUUAGCAUUGAUAACGGUUAUCUUUAUGUGGAUAUUUUGUGGUUCUUUUACAGUCAAGAAUUUCGGUUCGCAUGCAGAUUAUCUCUUCUUAGUGAGAGUGACAGUGCAUGAUUCCAAUAGUAAAUUUUAUUAAAUUUGUCAGAAAUACUUACAUAUUACAAUUUUUACAAAGCGAUAUUAUGAUAUUUUACAAUGAGGAACAUUCAUUAAUGGUAAACAAUAUGUUUUAAAACACAUUAGACGAUGCAAAUGAAGUUGUCUUAAAUUAAUUCGAGUUCAUGUAUUUAAAUAGGUUCGACAGUUUUUCGGAGUUAAGUGCGGAUAAUUAGGAGAAAAGCAAUUUAAAUAACACAAAGAAACAAGCCUGUUUAAUUUGAAUUAUAAUUGAAAACGUCGCAAUGUGCACUCCCGUUGCGAAUACACGGACUACUUUUUACCUCCGCAAGUCUAUGCGGCUAAACAGGUGAGCUUAUAUUUUUAAAAUGGCGGACACUACUCGUUAAGAAGUCCGCCAUUUUGGAUUUUAUGGUUAUAUCGGUAAAUAAAGGUACAAUUUUCUGCCCGCUGUUUCCACGAGUCCAAAAAGGACUAAAAAGCACCAUAACACGAAGAGAAAAAUCGUUGUCGACACGAUAAGUAAAAAUAACAGAAGCCAUUUUGUUUCGGCGCGGUUCAAUAGACGAAAAUAUCAAAGUUUUGAAAGUCUAGGGAUUACAUGAUAAGGAAUGGACAUUAAAGGGAGUUAUUAAUGAAUAUUUGUUUAAAAUGUGAAAGGCAAAACACAAAUAACAAAAGUUUGUUGCGGUCAUAGGGAUUCGUUUCUUCCGAAGUGGUUGAUCUGUGUUUUUGAUUCAUAAGCAAACAAAUGGAUGCAAUGGAAAUAUAACUUUGUUUCAUGAAAUUAUAUAGAAAAGAGUGCGCUUGAACUGGGAUCUGGAAUUCAAUAUGUCUGACACAGCGGUGGUUUCUUCUGACAACAUUCCAUACAAUUUGUCUGCGUCCGCAAAAUCGGAAUUGCAAUACAAGAUCAAGCAGCACUUCCGGGACGAUGGGUCAUCUCCGCUCAACAGAACGGCGUCGACGCAUGCGCAGCGGAUAACGUCAUCCCCGGCGCGCGCUUCUCCUCGUCCCCAUUCGUACUCGCCCCGAAACAGGUUUCAGAAUGCUACGGAUUCAAGCGAUCUCUCGAGAAGUCCACCCGGAAACCAGACUCCUGGAUACGACCCGGGAACCAGCGAUGAAUAUUCUCAACAAACUGCUUACGCCAACGAUGGCACCGAAAUGACUUACUCGCGGGAGGAGAAUAGAGCGGCGUCUCAAGAUGAGGCGGACAUUCCAACGAGCGAACAUGACAUGACCAAUUCCUCGAAUAUGUCGGAAGGCAAUAUGGCUGCCAUGGCUCUGGCGCACGAGGAAAACCGUAGCUCGCGCAUGCGAGAAAUGGACGAAGAAGGAGCCUUAAACCUUCAACAGCAGACUAUGACAAAGUCAGCCGACGACAACAACGAGGUAAUAAACUAUUCAACGGAAGGCAGCGUGUACACGCAGCUCGGCGGUCCCCAUGACGGUAGUCAACAUCUUAUAACGAUUGAGCCUUGCUACCAGCAUGGGGGCGUUAUUGAUACGGCUACGCGGGAAGCCAACCAUAGCGUACUCACUGCAGCAUUACGUAGCGGGUACACAGUUCAAAACAUGACCCACUUACACCAAUCAAAUCAGGUGACUGCUAUACCAGGCUUUGAUAGCGCAGGUCAUCUCUUGCCGCAAGCGGAUGUUGAAGCAUUCUUCAGCGAUAUGGAACGCCCAAUGGCUACAAGCGUCAGCCUCGCCGGAAUGUACUCUACCGGAAAUGGUGGCCAGUUCACGACGCUGACCAACCCGCCGGGACUGACACUCACGUCACACAGCUACCAAGUGACGACCGAAGGCGGGCGGCUCAUUACCCUCCAGCCGCCCUCCUACACCGAAACUAACGGCAACUAUGGACUGACGCAGCUGUACUCCUCGCGACAGGGUACCUCCUAUCUCGGGAGCGACGGAAAUUCCAACCCGUCCCCUUCACCGCAGAAUAACGCCGCGUGGGGUUUGGUGCCGGAAACGCUCUACGCCAGGACUAAUGCCGGUCAGACUAUUGCCGCUCAUGACCAGAAGUACGCGUAUUCAGAAAGCGGAAGUGCUUCCCCGAGCGAGCAUGCAAUCCAAGACGGCCAGUAUUCCCAUUCUUCCGGGAUGGUUUCCAAUAGCUACUCAGGAUACCUGAGCCAGGAUUUGAACGCCGGCUGGUACCAAAACGUUGCCAGCCCUUAUUCGGACGUUAGACCAUCCGACGAAGAUUACUACGCCGAGGGCCGGGAAUGUGUCAACUGCGGCGCUGUUUCCACCCCAAUGUGGAGACGAGAUGGUACGGGCCAUUAUCUGUGCAACGCGUGCGGACUGCACCAUAAGAUGAACGGUCAUCGCUUCCAGGGUAAAACCUCUCCGACUGCUGGGGACGACCCACCGGAGGAAAAGAGCAGAAAAUAUGAGCAAAAAUAUGACAAGACCAGCAACAAGACCCGGAUGGGACUACAGUGCGCCAACUGCAACACGACCACCACGACCCUCUGGCGACGGAACGGCGAGGGCGAACCUGUGUGUAAUGCCUGUGGACUCUACUUCAAACUUCACCAGGUUAACCGACCAAUGUCAAUGAAGAAAGACGGCAUUCAGACCAGAAAGCGGAAACCGCGUUCAUCAAACGGCAAGAAAUCAUCGAGCAAAGAGCCGUCUGCGCACGCAUCCCACUCGCAUCACGUGACGACGCCAUCUUUGAAUUCAUCGCAUUCGCCCUCUGGACUGCUCGACCUCAGUCAGCGAAACGACUCGCCAAUUUCCACUUCCAUGGCGCAAGACAUGAAACCGCAGGUGUCUUAUAACAACAUUUACCAGAACCACGGGAGCGCCGUCCUUGCCGCCUUAAACAACCAGCAGCCGCCGCCGUUGCUUCCGGUUGGCGCAUUGGUAUCGCAACUUAACGCUCCCGUUAAUAACAACAACAACAACAGCUAUCGCUCGACCAAUCAGGAUAUUCUCUAUGCCAAGACGCUAUCCAGUGCGAUGGACCGUGACCAUCAGAACACCAUUUCAAAAAAUAACCCGAACCUUGCGAGUCUUAUGAACUUUAAAUUUGACCCGAAAUCAAUGUCACUUCCAGUGAAGACUGAGCCGAUGCAAUCGUUAGAUUCUGAUCCCGCGAAUUACACCGUUCUGCGAAUGGAUGCCAUGUCAUACCGCUACGACCCAUCAAUGGCGUUCAAGCAAGAACCCCUGGACCAAUCGCCGCUCAUGAAAUCAUCACAUGACAUAUUCGAACCAAUGGCCCCGAAGGCGGUGCCAGUAGUUGAAGUGGAUCAUUUGGAAAUGCGCCAGCAUUCUCCUGGGCCGGAACCCGACUCGGAAAUGACGCCCCUUAAACCGGCCGCUGCUAUCUCCCAAAGCUAACGUAUGGAGUGCUCUCGACGCUUUGAUUUGUUGUGAUUUUUCGCAUUUUGACUUGAAAGGGACGAUUUACGAAAGUCUAUCCAAGUGACUUAGUUUUGUGAUCGGUCCAUACUGUGAUGAGUAUUGUGACUGUAGUUGCAUGUGCCUUAUAUGCGGUUUGGGUGAAAACAAUUCAAAUAAACAUAUCCAGACAGUCAUGAACUUUCGGAAACCUGUCUACGUGUAUCAGACUAGGUUUUGGAGGUCAGAGUAAAAAGUGUGAACGAACUCAUGUUUUUCAAAGUAAAAUGGACCUGAAGAAGACGUGAUAGUUUAUUACGUUCAAUAUGGAAAGAACCCGUCAGUAAAGUAGAGCGCGUGUUAAUUACGUAAGGAAAACAAUUCUUGAUUUGAACGAUGUUAAACAAAAUAAUGGAAGGGAAGCUACCGUGAUGUGAUGUAUACACACACGGCCUAUACAAUUAUUUGAUGUGUUAUUGUUAUGUCACGAUUUUUUUUUCAAAAACAACAAAAUAUUAGUAUCAUAAAUUGUUAACCUUUUAAAUUCAAUAAUUAAGUAAAUGUUUAAUUGUUUAUACUCUUGAAAUCUAUUAAGUUAAUUUUCGUUAACAUUGUGUUUGUACCGAGUUUGUGUAUUCUUUGCUGAUAAUGUACAAGUAGUAAACGACUUGAACAGAAACCACUGAGCCUCGUCCCUAAUCUGGGAUGACACUUGAAUUAAGCCCAGUUUCCUCAGGACGAGGCCAUGUUGCUCUCGAUGCAGAGUUAUGACACUUGAUUAAUCAAACCGACAUUUUAGCAGUUUACGCUCGUUACGUCGUAAACGUUUUAUUGGCAUACAUUCUUCUAAAAUCAAUAUUUCAUUGUAAAAAUACAGGCCGAGUCAUAACUGUUUUACAAUCAGGCUUAAAUUAAAAUACUGGAUAGUUAUAUUUCAAGCACGUUCAUUUUCAAUGCAUAAUAGACACAUCAUUUGAUGCAUGUUUCUUGAAGAUUAAAGAAACUUGGUACGUAUGUAUGCAUAAUAAUAUGUGAAUACUUGUGAUAUGGCGACUAAGGUUGAUACAGUUUGUGAGGGUAUUGUAAUUGACGUGUAUUUUAUGUACAUGGCUAGAUAUAUAUAUAUAUAUAUCGACAAAAGCCCCUUAGUGAAAUCCAGUUUGUAUAAUACAUAUGUUAAUGCAGGGGUUUAUAUUAAGGACUGGAUUGUAGGAUUGUUGCUUAGAUUUUUAAGAAUAUUUUUUAAUGAGGACUCACUUUACAAUGGGCAAGCCCGUAAAUCACACUAGAAAACAAACAAUGAAAAAGGGCAUUAUUAAAAUUAUGCCAUGUGGAUAGAAAUGUUGCUUUUAAUUUUGAAAUCUGCUCAUUUUACCACCAUAUCCCUGCUGUCUGACGCUCUUCUUGUAAAUAUUCAAUCGUCGAAUCUUACCGAACACUAACAUUGUCUGUAUUUUCAUUUAUGAAUGUGUUUCUAAACCUUUCUAUCACGCUAGGGUUAUUACUGAAAAAAAUAAGUGUAAAUUGAGUCUCGCCCUGGGAAAACCAUGCUCAAUACAUGUGCGAAUAAUGUCGAUCCAAAUUAGACUGUGCACUCCGCACAGGCUAAUCAGGGACGACACUUUCCGCCUUAACUAGAUAUUUGUUAAGAAGAGACUUUCGUUGAACAGAAAAUAUCAUAAAAGCGGAAAGUGUCGUCCCUGAUUAGCCUGUGCGGACUGCACAUGCUUACAUGUAUCAGGGACGACAGUUUUCGCACAUUCAUUUAACCCCAUUUUCCCAGAACACGGCCCAUUUUAUACUGCUUGAGCAUUUGACUUCUGGUUGUAUUGAGUUGUGUUUUGACAAUUAUUAAUUUGUAAAAUGCAGAGUGUGUGUGAACUAUAUAAUACGUGAGCAUCAUGCUGUUGUUUAACAUGUCUCAAUACAAUACAUGUAAUUGUUAUCAUUUUUGUUAGACGUUAUUUAAAAAAUGAGUAAAUCGCCCCUCAUUACAAGGCAAUUAUUUUGCAAGCACAACUACCGUGUACAAAUAAUAUACUAGUAGUCUGUUGUUAAGACACUUUUUCUGAAUUUUCAAGGGGAUUAACAUGUGUAAUAUGUAAUAUACAUAUGUUUGUAAACAAGCAAAGAAACAUUUUAUCAAUAUUGCGUUUGAAUUUUACCUGUAAAAUCGAUUGUUUGAUUAGCAUAUGGAAUGUUCGAAUGCUUCAUACGGUAUGCAUGAAAACGUAUACAAGUUUGUAUCAUAUCCUAGUAACGCAUAUUCAUAACAUGUGACUGUUUAAAUUUGUGAUUAUUAUUAUAACCAUACAAUAUGUGUCGAUAUAGUAUUUUAAUAUUUUACUAACAUGCUCUUACACAAACGAGAAUGGCAACAUGAAUAAAUUUGUUUAAGAAA